AUAAAUUUGUUAUACGAAAAAUCAACGUUACGACGUACAUCCGUACGUGCAACGUAACGUUGUUGGUGUCACAUCACAACGUGCCUCAAACAGUUGUCGGCGAUUCGGUCGCGUUGAACGGCCCAACGCAGCCAAUGCCGUGGGCCAUACGUUCACCACGAAUCGCACGAUCGAGCUGCUGUAAACGAUUUAUAAAAUCUUCACACAAUUGCCUUGCGUUUUGCCCGAUGUGCCUUCACGUUUUUAAAAGUAACAACGAAAACUCAGCAAUGAGUUUCAAUUCUCCAAUAAUGCCUUUUAAAACUAAGUCUAUAAUUUUAUUAUCGAAAAACGCAAAAAUCAACAAAAUCGACAAUAAAAACAACAUAGUUAGUCAAUAUCUGCAAUACAACUACAAGCAGCGUAGAAAAAGCGACGUCAAAACGUACAACGACAAGUGCCAAAAUGUCAACACUAUCGUUACGUAUACAGUUAGAGGGUGGCCGUGUCACAAAGACCAUACAAUUCCAUCCCAAUACGACAGUAUUUGAUGCCUGUAAAAUUAUACGGGAUAAGUUUGCCGAAGCUGUGCAGGGACAACCCAGCGAAUAUGGUCUAUUUAUAUCGGAUGAGCAACAUCAACAGGGCGUUUGGCUGGAAGCCGGCCGUACACUCGGCUAUUAUAUACUCCACAAUCAGGACACGCUGGAAUAUCGACGUAAGCUACGUACGUUGCGUGUGCGUAUGUUGGACGGUGCCGUGAAGACCAUACUUGUCGAUGACUCGCAACCGGUGUCGCAAUUAAUGGUGGUCAUUUGCACGAAAAUUGGCAUCACCAAUCAUGAGGAGUAUGGACUGGUGCGCGAAGAUAACGAGGCGCAGAAUGAGAGCCUGCCGGAUAAUAAGUUUGGCACGUUGACGUUGCGUCGGAAAUUCACCGAAAAGGAUCGUGAUGCAAAGAUGGAAAGUUUGCGCCGGAAGCUGAAAACCGAUGAUGAAAUCAAUUGGGUGGAUGUCGGUAAGACGUUGCGCGAACAAGGCAUUGAUGAGUCGGAAACGGUUUUGUUGCGUCGUCGCUUCUUCUUCUCGGAUCAAAAUAUUGACUCACGUGAUCCGGUGCAAUUGAAUUUGUUGUACGUGCAGGCGCGUGACGCCAUACUCGAUGGCACACAUCCCGUUACACAGGAUAAAGCUUGUGAAUUCGCUGGCAUACAAGUGCACAUACAAUUUGGCCCACACAACGAAGCCAAGCAUAAGCCGGGAUUUUUAGAUUUAAAGGAUUUCCUGCCGCAAUCCUACGUACGUGUGAAGAACAUUGAAAAGAAAAUAUUUGCGGAGCACAAGAAACACGCCGCUCUGACGGAAAUCGACGCCAAAGUCUUGUAUACGAAGACGGCACGUGAGCUGCCUACCUACGGUGUGACAUUCUUCUUGGUGAAGGAGAAGAUGAACGGACGCAAUAAGUUGGUGCCACGCUUGUUGGGCGUAACCAAAGAUUCCGUUUUGCGUUUGGAUGAACGCACCAAGGAGAUUUUAGUAUCGUGGCCAUUGACGACGGUACGACGUUGGGGCGCCUCACCGAAUACCUUCACAUUGGAUUUCGGUGAUUAUGCCAAUCAAUAUUACUCGGUGCAAACAACCGAGGCUGAGCAAAUUGUACAGCUAAUCGCUGGUUAUAUUGAUAUUAUAUUGAAGAAGAAACAAACCAAAGAUCAUUUUGGUAUCGAGGGAGAUGAGGGCUCUACCAUGGUGGAGGAGUCAGUUGCGCCCUCAAAAGCAACAUUCUUGCAACAUGAAACAAAUAAAAUUGGUAAAAUCAAUACCGAGUCGCUGGCACAUCCCGAAAUACUGCGUGCAUCUGAUGGCGAGCGCAAGUACACGCAAGGCGAAAUGCAGUCAGUGCAAUAUGGCGCCUUCGUGGGGCAAGUUAACCACGCCCACCAACCGCCAACGACGAAGGAGGUACGCAUAAGCACUGUGAACUUAACCGAACCGCAACGCGCGCUACUCGGCUACAUCUCGGCGGGUCAAGAUGUCUUGCUGCGUGCCGAUGAGGAGCUUAGAACGAAGGCGCCAAUACAGGAGCUCGGCACGGACUUGCGUUCGAUCGAAUGGCGUGAGAACACCUUGGAUACUUCAAAGCAGGCCGUGACCAGUCAUGUGGCUACAAUGAAUGCGGCUACCGCACAAAUUAUAACCGCCUCACAGUUCGAUGAGGUCGAUACGGAGGCUAUUUCCGCAUCAGUUUCACAAAUAACACAAACCAUACCGGAAGUAACGAAGGAGGUGCGUCUAAUCGCCGCGCUCAUGGAGGAUAGUAACAAUGGUGAUCGUUUGUUAGAUGCCGCACGUAAUUUAUGCAAUGCCUUCAGCGAUUUGUUGAAGGCUGCCGAGCCGGAGAGCAAAGAACCUUCACAGAAUCUCAUCAAUGCCGCUAGUCGCGUGGGUGAGGCGACGACGCAUGUGCUCAGCACCAUUGCUGAAGAGGAAGCGCCUGAAAAUAGUGAUUUGCAUGAUAUGCUUUUGACUUUGGCCAAGGCCGUGGCGAAUACCACUGCCGCUUUGAUGUUGCGCGCCAAGGCGAUUGCGGCCAGCUGCGAGGAUGAGGAGUCACGCAAUCGCGUUAUUGGCGCGGCCAGUCAAUGCGCCUUGGCGACUAGUCAGCUGGUGGCUUGCGCUAAAGUUGUUGCGCCAACGUUGCAUAAUGCCGCUUGUCGUGAACAAUUGGAGGCAGCGGCACGUAAUGUGGCGCGCGCUGUUAACAACUUGUGUGAGGUGUGCAACGAUGCCACUAACGAUCCGAAACUGAAGAAUGAUCUGCUUGCCGCCGCACGUGAUGUGUCGAAGAGUUUGAGUGAUAUGUUGGAUCACGUGAAGUUGAGUUCGCGCGAAUAUGCUAGUCGCACCAGCCAAGAGAUGAGUCCGGUGGAGAAUGUUAUUAUCGGCACGGACAUACUUGUGUCGUCCAAUGAUCCACAGGAAAUGGUACGUCACGCCAAAACGCUCGGACAAGCAACCGCACAAUUGAUACAGAGCAUCAAGGGUGAGGCGGAUCAACAGAAGGAUGAGGAUAUGCAACGUCGUUUGCUUUCAGCCGCCAAGCAGUUGGCUGAUGCUACAGCAAAACUCGUCGAAGCCGCACGCCUCUGCUCCGGUAAUCCACAAAACACCGAAAAUCAAAAUGCUUUGCGUCGCGCGGCCGAGGAGUUGCGUGAAAUCACAACCACCACUGCAAAUACGCCAGCCAUGAAACGUAAUCUAAUUCAUCGUCUCGAGUACUGCUCCAAACAGGCUGCCUCGGCGGCUACCCAAUGCAUUUCGGCAGCACAGAAUGCCGUGCAGCAUAGUGAUGACCAUCAAACUAAGGAGCAAUUGUUGCAAGACUGUAAACGCGCGGCCGACACAAUACCACGUUUGGUGACCUCGGUGAAGACCACACGUUCCAGUCCAGAUGAUCCUAAUGCCCAACUAAAUCUUAUCGAAGCCGCUGAGCAAUUUAUCGAACCAGCCAUACAGGUAUCGCGUUCCGCACGCGCGCUACAACCCACCGUCACCGAUAUACCCUCAGCGACCCAGCUCUCGAAGAGCGCACUUUAUUUGGGUCAAACCGUGUCCGAAUUGAAUUCGGCCGCGCAACGUGCACGUGAAGCUUGCGGCGGUCAAGAAUUGGAGUCUGCCUUGGAGGCGGUGCGCAAUCUGCACAACGUGCUGGACGACACACGUAAGGCGGCGCAAUCGGGCAGCAUUCGUCCAUUGCCUGGCGAGACGGUCGAAAACACCGCACAACAGUUGCGCAUCUCUGCCAAAAAUGUGGGUCUGGCGCUCAGACAGUUGCUCUCAUCGGUUAUACAAGAACAACGUCGUUACGCAGGUGUGGCCGGACGUGAUACCGCUUUAGCGCUCGGUGAUUUCACAAAGAGCGUGCAUGGCGUUGCAGCUACAACAAAGAACCCGGUUGUUAUAGAUUGCGCCGACGAUGUGGUAUUGCACUCGGCGCGCCUGAUCGAAGAAGCACAACGCACGCUGCAAAAUGUCGGCAACACCGAUGCGCUAACCAAAUCUGGACGUGAUGUGACCGCUGCGCUUUCGAAGACUGUCGAUUGCAUACCUGGUCAACGUGAAGUGGAUAAUGCCUUGCGUAAUGUGAGUGAAUUAAGUGAAAUACUCUCGAUGAGUGAAUUCCCACCGUCGGAACGUAACUACAACACAUUGCAGUCGGAGUUGAAACAGGUCGCCGAGGGUCUCAGCGCGGCUAGCGGUCAAAUAGUGCUGGCGUACGAUAGUCCUGCGCAAUUAGCCGAUACUAGCCAAAACUUUGCCACCAACUAUCGCGAUCUGCUCGCUGUUUCAAUGGAGAUGGUCGGUCAAACGCCCGAUGAGGUCGUACGCUCCGAAAUGAUCGACCGUUUGCGCAAUGUCUCCACGCAAUCUUGUUCAUUACUAUCUGCCGCCAAGUCAAUUGCCGCCGAUCCAGGUCAACCAAAUGCCAAGAAUCUGUUGCAUGCCGCAGCUCGCAGUGUCAUCGAAAGCAUUAACAAACUCGUCGACGCCAGCAUACAAUCGGCGCCGGGACAAAAGGAGUGCGACAAUGCCAUACGCAACAUUGAGGGUCUGCGCGUAAUGCUGGACUAUCCACAUGAGCCCAUCAACGAACAGGGCUACUUCGAAUGCGUCGAGAAUGCGACCGGCAAGUCACGCAAUUUGGGUUACGCCAUUUCCGAGAUGAUUAACAAUGCAAAACAAUCGAAUCACGUUGGUUUUGGUCAGUCGGUGAACACCGUGGGAGAGUCCAUACAUAGCUUGAUCGAGUCAUCUGCACAGGCCGCCUAUUUAAUUGGUGUAUCGCAUCCGAGUAGCGUAGCCGGACGUCCGGGUAUCAUUGAUCAGGCUCAACUGAGCUGGGCUUAUCAGGGUAUUCGUCAGCAUUGCGAGAUUGUGAGCAGCGCCAAAGCCACAAAACAACAAAAGAUAUCGGCGCUAACGGUAAUCGCCAAGCAUACCAGCUAUUUGUGUUCCAUCUGCCGACAGGCCAGCAUGAACACCAACAAUCCGGUGGCAAAGAAUGAAUUCAUUGUGUUGGCUAAACAAGUUGCCACAGCCACCUCGAACUUGGUACAGGAGAUAAAGAGUAUUGAGGACGAACCAUCCACACCAACGCGCGCACGCCUCGUAGAACCGCUAUUGGAGUCUGUGAAAGCGGUACGUCAAUAUGCUUCCAGUCCGGAAUUUAUUUCGGUGCCAGCAAAGAUUUCCGCCGAAGGUCGCAAGGCGCAAGAACCUGUCAUCAAUGCUGGACGCGGUGUUAUAGACGGCGUGAUCGAAAUGGUGAAGGCCGCAAAAUCAUUGGCGCUCUCACCGGAUGAUCCACCAGUGUGGCAACAACUUUCCAAUGCCUCAGCGCCCGUCUCCGAAUCCGUGAAACGUUUGGUGGACAACAUACGCGAUAAAGCGCCGGGUCAAGCGCAAUGCGAACAGGUUUUGCAUACGCUGAACACGUGCACGCGUGAAUUGGAUAGCUGCGCCAUGGCUGUCAGCGCACAGGGUUUGAGUCAACGCCGCGAUAAUAAUUUACAUGGCUUCAGCGGUCAAACAUUGAAUUCCGCUGCGGAGUUAAUUGACAAACUCGAACCCAUACGUAUGGCGGGCAAGAACAAUGCCGAGCAAUUGGGACAUGCUGUCGGCGAGAUUUCACGCUACAUUGUGCCCAUGGUGAAUGGCGCCAUCGGCGCUUGCACGCACAUCGUUCACACCAACCAACAAAUGAGUUUGAUCAAUCAAACGAAAUCGGUGGUGGAGAGCGCUGUCACGCUAGUGCAAGCCGCUAAAGAUUCGGCCGGCAAUCCACGUUCCACACAUGCGCACACACACUUGGACGAGUCCAUCGAUUACACGCGUCAAGCGAUACAAGAGCUAACGGAAACUGUGGAGAAGAUCAACGCGGAUAUGGGUGUUGUAACGGGUCUGAUGGAGCAAGUGAAUCGUGCCAUUACACGUUUGACCGACAAACGUCAAUCGUUGCUUAAUGCCUCCUACUCCGACUCAUUCGUUGACUAUCAAACACGCAUGGUGCAAUCGGCUAAGGAAAUUGCGCGCCUAGCAAAUGACAUGAACGCCAAGGCAACCAUCGAACCGCAACUACUGCCGCAAAUUGCCUUAGAAAUGACACAGCAUUACACGCAGUUGACACAGGAUUCGGUGGGUGCAUCGACGACUACAUCCACACCGGAUGUAGCUAUGCGCAUACGUUCGAGUGUGGUGGAUUUGGGUCGCUCGGUGAGCGCUAUGAUACAAUCGGGUGCAACUGGCGCACGUCCCAACGACGUGUCAAGUCAAGGCGAAAUCGCCCGCAACGCACGUGACGUCUCCGAAAAGGUCGCACAGGUUUUGGCUGCACUACAGGCCGGCUCACGUGGCACCCAAGCUUGCAUUAAUGCUGCGCACACUGUGUCCGGCAUAAUUGGCGAUCUCGAUACGACCAUUAUGUUUGCCACCGCCGGCACUUUGCAUUCGGACGGUGAUGGCUCAUUCGCCGAUCAUCGCGAACAUAUUCUGCAAACCGCUAAGGCUUUGGUGGAGGACACAAAAGUACUGGUCACUGGCGCUGCAGGCACACAAGAGGAACUGGCGAACGCCGCACAGAAUGCCGUCUCAACUAUAUUACAACUUUCGGAAGCUGUUAAGCGUGGCGCUUGUAGUCUAGGCUCUACACAGCCGGAUUCGCAAGUUAUGGUUAUCAAUGCCGUUAAGGAUGUCGCAUCUGCUUUGGGUGAUUUGAUUAAUGCCACCAAAUUGGCUUCAGGCAAACCCAUACACGAUCCAUCGAUGCAAGAUUUGAAGGAGAGCGCUAGGACGCUUAAAGAAAUGUGCACAUCUGCUGCCGCCGCUGCUGGUACUACUAACAUACUCUAUGGCCAGCGCGAACUCCAUCACCAGUCACUCAUAAAUCAUGGAAUACUUAGCGCUUAGGCCAACAAAAGUGCCGAGCGCACAAGUCAAGCAACCGCAAGUGUUGCGCGAUUUUUAUUAAAAAAAAUUUUAAACAUAUAUUGAAUAACACGUCGUCUUCAUCUCGCCAAAACGUCUUAACUUCAACCAGCUGUCGUCACAUGCGCCAGCUCUCAUUUUUUGACAUUUUGGAGCAUCGUUUUUUAUUCAUAUAAUUAAAAUCGUACCGUCAACGCACCGCAAAAUCAAAAUUUAACGCAUAAAUAUUCGAAAAAACAACAACAAAUCAACUGGUUAAACUAAUUUUUAGACAUAAUCAUAUAAAAUUUAAAAUAAUAAUACUAAUACUAAAAUUUGUAAAAUUCUAUAGCAUUUUGGCUUGUAAGAAUUUGCGGAUGCUGUUGCACUCGACUUGCUUUACGUUUUGGUAGCAAUUUAUUAUUUUUUAACAUUUUUAAUUUUGACUUUUGGAGGCUUCUACAGCUUCACUGCACACAGACAUAGCAAGUAGUUGCCACACUUUUAUCUUUUUAGUUGAAAUUA